AUGAGCUAUCCUGCGCAGCCCGAAGUGAUUGAGCUGGAUCCGGAUGCCUUGGACGGCCAAGAGUCGGCUCUGGGUGAAGAUUCAGAGAGCUACACCACGUCACUGAAGUCCAGCAUCCUCCAAUACAAGUACGAAAAUGGCCGCCGGUAUCACGCCGAGAUCAAAGACAAAUCGUACUGGAUGCCCAACGAUGAGAAAGAACUGGACCGCCUCGACCUCUACCAUCACAUCGUUUUGCUUCGCUGCGAUGGCAAGCUUCACCUAGCGCCCAUCGUGGAGAACCCCCAGCGCAUUCUCGACAUUGGUGCUGGCACUGGCAUCUGGGCUAUCGAAAUGGCCGAGGCUUUUCCCAGCGCCGAAAUCAUCGGCAACGAUUUGAGCCCCGUGCAACCGUCUUUCGUGCCGCCGAACGUCAAGUUCGAGAUCGACGACGUGGAAGACGAUUGGCUGUACAGCUCGCCCUUCGACUACAUCCACUGCCGCUUCAUGGCCGGAUCGCUGAAAGACUGGCCUCGCCUGAUGCGCCAAGCAUACCAACACACCAAACCCGGCGGCUGGGUCGAGUUCCAGGACUUCGAAAUGCGCUUCUACACGCAAGGCGGCGAAUUCAAGCCGGGCUCGCCGCUCGACCGGUGGUGCGACGAGCUCAUCGAAGGCAUCACCGGCGCGGGGCUCGACCCGGAGCCCGGCCCGAAGCUGAAGAGGUGGGUCGAGGACGCGGGCUUCACGAACGUCACCCACAAGCUGCUGCCCAUCCCGACCGGCACGUGGCCCAAGGAUAAGGGGUUGAAGGAGAUUGGCGCGUUCGACCUCGUGCAGUUUUUGGAGGGGUUGGAGGCGAUUUCGAUGCGCACGAUGACGCAGUUGAGGGGGUGGACGGCGGAGGAGGUGCAGGUUGCGUUGGCGAAGUUGAGGUUGGAGUUGAAGAAUCCGAGGAUGAGGUUGCAGCAUAAUAUGCAUGUGGUAUACGCUCAGAAGCCGGAGUAA